AUGGUGGCCAACAACAACGGAAAACGCCAUGCUUCCGUCGCAGAAGCUGUACCCGCCCUCUACCGCCUCGUCCUGAGCUCGUACGAGCCCUUCUUCGCCAUCAGUGGCGCCCUGAUGGCGACCUUCAGCAGUGAAAGCUACGUGGCCACCAUGUCCCGCGGCUCCAUCACCUACUCCCCCGAUCACGCGUUCGUGUACACGACUCUCGGCGGCGCCUUCGUCCUCUUCGCUUUCCUCCUGGUCGUCGUCCUGCGCGUGGUCGACGACGUCCGGUCCUACCGCGCCAUCAUCGCCGGCAUGCUGCUGAUGGACGUCUUUUACUUCACCGGCGCCGCCCAGGCGGUUGGAGGGUGGCGGUCCUUCUUGAACCCCGCGUAUUGGGCUGUGGAGGACUAUUUCAUGAACCUCACUGGUUGGCCGCCAGUCCUCGUCCGGGUCCUGGUUCUUUUCGAGAUCGGUUUCACCGCUAGCAACGGAAGUGCGUCGGGCAAAACGGCUUGA